AUGCAAACAGCUGGUAUACGAAGCCAGCUGGAACCGGAGUACGAGUUUGAGUUUGUUGAAGGCAGAUGGCCUCAUCUAGAGGGUAACUGGUCUCUGCAUACAGUUGACUUUUCAAAGUCCAAUCUGUAUGGAUUCUAUAACAUGCUGGACAUUGAGGAUAUCCUCGCCACCGAGAAUGAACUCCGUCAGGUGAUAGAGGAACAUGGUCCGUUUGAUGGUCUGUUGGGCUACUCUCAAGGUGGAUCGAUGGCUGCUCAAAUAGCCAUCCGCCUUCUGAUGGAGAACCCAUAUGCCACCCCUCAGGAACUACCGAUAAAGUUCUUGAUCCUCAUCAACAGUGCUGUACCACCUUUCAUCAUGCCAUUGGAUGGACAGGAAGUCACAUAUAUACCCAUCGAAGAGGCUCCAAAGCUGCAGAUGUUGUUUGACGUCUUCAAAGCGAACCCUGCUGAUCACCUUGACAAAAUUCGACCCGCGAAGCUCGCCAAUGGCAGACAGGCCCUUGUCAACAAGACGCACUAUAUGACGUUUUUCGACAAGACCUGGGAUGGCAACCCGCUUUCCAUGCCUUCGCUCCACAUCACGGGGUUGGGUGAUGCCCCAGAGUAUGGACAGCAGCUGUUUGAGAUUGCCGAGCCUGGUCAAGCGGAGCAGAUUGGCCAUGUGUUUGGGCACGACUUCCCAAGGGGACUUGACAUGAACAAGACUAUUGCGAGGGCUAUCAGGGCGAUGGCGGAGAGGGCUUUGUAG